GGGCCGGUGACGUAUCGUGACAGCCUCGUUGCCGCAACGGUGCAUUCUGGGUGCAACCCAAGAUGGCUGCGCCCUUGCAGAAGUGCUGAAGAAGUGACUCUGCGGCGAAACACUCGGGGGUUUGCGUGUUAUUUCCGGCCAAACCAUCACACCGAAUCGGCUAUCGGGUUCGCCAGUUUGCAGAAGAAGACCUCGCGGUCCCAGACGUCGAGGAGUGCGGCCGGCGCUUCGUGUGGCUGUGGCAGACUGUCCGCUUGAAGAUGGGCCCCGUCUCCAGCCCCUUCCCAUAGCGAAGAGCCGUGGGGAGAGGAGCCGCAGAUUCCCCUGCAAGCACGCACCCGUCCAGCUCGGGUUUGACGGGUUUGACAUACUAUACAGGUUGUGGACGCUGCCCUACAACUUCCUGACCAGGAUCAUUUGCGCCACCGUGUCCGUCAUCGUCCGCAGACGGAGAGGUUCCCCAGCUCGGGCUGAUAACUCCACCGCACCAAGGGCCCUGAUGAAAAUGGACGCAGACCUGAUUCAUUCUCCGGCCGUGGGCCUCGCUGAGGAAGAGGAGGCCGACAUGAAUGACUGGAAACUCCCGCUGGCCUUCAUGAAGAAACGCCACUGUGAGAAGAUUGAGGGCUCCAAGGCUUUGGCCCAGAGCUGGAGGAUGAAGGACAGGAUGAAGACGGUGAGUGUAGCGCUGGUGUUGUGUCUCAACGUGGGAGUGGACCCUCCUGAUGUGGUCAAGACCUCCCCCUGCGCCAGACUGGAGUGCUGGAUAGAUCCUCUGUCGAUGAGUCCACAGAAAGCCCUGGAGACCAUUGGGGCCAAUCUGCAGAAGCAAUAUGAAAACUGGCAACCCAGGGCGCGUUACAAACAAAGUCUGGACCCCACGGUGGACGAGGUGAAGAAGCUGUGCACGUCACUGAGACGCAACGCCAAAGAGGAGCGAGUCCUCUUCCACUACAACGGCCACGGCGUGCCACGGCCGACCGUCAACGGGGAGAUCUGGGUUUUCAAUAAGAACUAUACCCAGUACAUCCCGCUGUCCAUCUACGACCUGCAGACAUGGAUGGGGAGCCCCUCCAUUUUUGUCUACGACUGCUCCAACGCGGGAAUCAUUGUCAAGUCGUUUAAACAGUUCGCCCUGCAGAGAGAGCAGGAACUGGAGGUCGCAGCCAUUAACCCCGGCCACCCGCUCGCUCAGAUGCCACUGCCGCCCUCUAUGAAGAACUGCAUCCAGCUGGCUGCCUGCGAGGCCAGCGAGCUGCUGCCCAUGAACCCCGACCUCCCAGCCGACCUCUUCACCUCCUGCCUCACCACACCCAUCAAGAUCGCCCUCCGGUGGUUUUGUAUGCAGAAGAGUGCCAGGUUGGUGCCAGGGGUGACGCUAGACCUCAUCGAGAAGAUCCCCGGCAGGCUCAACGACAGACGGACCCCCCUCGGAGAGCUCAACUGGAUCUUCACAGCCAUCACGGACACAAUUGCGUGGAAUGUGCUCCCUAGAGAUUUGUUCCAGAAGUUGUUUCGCCAGGACCUGCUGGUGGCCAGCUUGUUCCGCAAUUUCCUGCUAGCAGAGAGAAUAAUGAGGUCGUACAACUGCACGCCGGUCAGCAGUCCCCGUCUGCCCCCUACAUACAUGCACGCCAUGUGGCAAGCGUGGGACCUGGCCGUGGAUAUAUGCCUCUCUCAGCUGCCUACCAUCAUUGAGGAGGGCACCGCCUUCAGAGUAAUUCACAGUCCCUUCUUUGCGGAUCAGCUGACUGCGUUUGAGGUGUGGUUGACGAUGGGCGUGGAGAACAGGAACCCUCCUGAGCAGCUCCCAAUUGUACUGCAGGUCCUCCUUAGUCAGGUCCAUCGGCUGCGAGCUCUACAACUGCUCGGACGCUUUCUGGAUCUUGGCCCAUGGGCCGUCAGUCUGGCCCUGUCUGUGGGGAUCUUCCCCUACGUAUUAAAGCUGCUCCAGAGCUCCGCCCGAGAGCUGCGCCCUAUGCUGGUUUUCAUCUGGGCUAAAAUCCUUGCCGUAGACAGUUCAUGUCAAGCUGACCUGGUGAAGGACAACGGACACAAGUACUUCCUGUCGGUGUUGGCCGACAGUUACAUGCCAGUGAGUGUCCAUCGUGGAUACAAUAUAGAGGCUGAACAUCGAACCAUGGCUGUCUUCAUACUGGCUGUCAUCGUCAACAGCUACAACACAGGACAGGAGGCCUGUCUGCAGGGCAACCUAAUCGCCAUCUGCCUUGAGCAGCUGUCGGACCCUCACCCCCUGCUUCGCCAGUGGGUGGCUAUUUGCCUGGGCCGUAUCUGGCAGAACUUUGACCCGGCACGCUGGUGUGGAGUUCGAGACAGCGCCCACGAGAAGCUCUACACGCUGCUGUCGGAUCCCAUCCCUGAGGUGAGGUGCGCGGCUGUCUUCGCUCUGGGGACGUUUGUGGGGAACUCUGCUGAGAGGACGGACCACUCCACCACCAUUGACCACAACGUGGCCAUGAUGCUGGCGCAGCUCAUCAACGACGGCAGCCCCGUGGUCCGCAAGGAGCUGGUAGUCGCACUGAGUCACCUGGUGGUCCAGUAUGAAAGUAACUUCUGUACAGUUGCCCUCCAGUUUAUAGAAGAGGAGAAGAACUAUACAGUGCCAUCACCAGCCAACACAACAGAAUCCGGUAACCUGACCCCAGUGAGGGACAGCCCGGCCAUCCCACGCCUGAGAUCAGUGAACUCUUACACCAACAUUCGAGCUGCUACCACCGCCCGCAACCUGAACAAGAGUCUGCAGAACCUCAACCUCAAUGAAGAAGGUGGCCCAGCAGCCUUUUCUCCUGGUAACCUGAGCACCAGCAGCAGCGCCAGCAGCACCCUGGGGAGCCCCGACAAUGACGAGUACAUCCUCUCCUUUGAGACCAUCGACAAAAUGAGACGAGUGUCGUCUUAUUCUUCGCUCAACUCCCUUAUAGGUGUGUCCUUCAACAGUGUUUACACUCAGAUCUGGAGGGUGCUGCUGCAUCUCGCCGCAGACCCUUUUCCUGAGGUGUCCGAUCUGGCCAUGAAGGUGCUCAACAGCAUAGCGUACAAGGCAACAAUGAAUGCUCGGCCCCAAAGGAUCUUGGACUCUGGAUCUCUUACCCAGUCGGCCCCAGCCAGCCCCACCAGCAAGGGCACGCACAUCCACCAGGCUAGUGGCUCUCCUCCCAUGCCGAGCACCAGUAGCUCCAGUCUGACCAACGAGGUGCCCAAACCCCCCACCAGGGAGCCGCCGGCUACACGACCCCCCUACACCCCCACGUCGGGAGGACAAGCGCCGCACUCCCACCAGUUCCCCCGCACCCGUAAGAUGUUUGACAAGGGACCUGAGCAGGCAGCGGAGGAUGGUGACGAGCCGGGCGGUCACAGGAACUACAUCUGUGCAGCCCUCCAGACGGGCCUGUGUGAUUGGAGCGCCAAGUAUUUCGCUCAACCUGUCAUGAAGAUCCCAGAGGAGCAUGACGUGGAAAGUCAGGUGAGGAUGGAUCGCCAGUGGAGGUUCUUGAGAAACACUCGCGUAAGAAAGCAGAGCCGAGGCAUCACACAAAAGGGUGUUUCGCGUCUGGAUGAUCAAAUAUUCAUCAACCGCAACCCUGGAGUACCAUCUGUUGUGAAGUUCCACCCCUUCAACACCUGCAUCGCUGUGGCCGACAAAGACAGCAUCUGUUUCUGGGACUGGGAGAAGGGUGAGAGGUUGGACUACUUCUACAACGGAAACCCUCGGUACACUCGCAUCACGGCCAUGGAGUACCUUAACGGACACGACUGUUCAUUACUGCUCACUGCCACAGACGACGGUGCGCUACGUAUUUGGAAGAACUUUGCCGACCAGAAGAACCCGGAGAUGGUGACGGCGUGGCAGGGCCUCUCCGACAUGCUGCCCACCACCAGAAGUCAGCCCAGCACCUGCGCCCACAGUCUGGCCAGAAGGGUGUCUAUCUAUCUUGACAGGAGUAAGCAAGGUGGUGCAGGCAUGGUCGUGGACUGGGAGCAGGAGACGGGUCUCCUCAUGACGUCUGGAGAUGUCCGAGUCAUAAGGAUCUGGGACACUGACAGGGAGAUGAAGGUCCAGGACAUCCCAACCGGAGCGGACAGCUGUGUGACCAGCCUGUCCUGCGACUCCCAGCGCUCGCUCAUCGUGGCCGGUCUUGGUGACGGAUCCGUGCGCGUAUUCGACCGGAGGAUGGGUCCAAAUGAAUGUCGGGUUAUGACCUACAGGGAGCACGGAGCUUGGGUGGUCAAAGCUCAUCUACAGAAGGAGACUGAGGGGCACAUUAUUAGUGUCAGCGUUAACGGAGAUGUUCGAUUCUUUGAGCCGCGGAGCCCCGACUCCAUCAACGUGCUGCAGACGGUGAAGGGUUUGACGGCCCUGGACAUCCACCCGCAGGCCAACUUAUUUGCUUGCGGGUCGAUGAACCAGUUCAUAGCGGUCUACAACUCUAACGGAGAUGUGAUCAGCAACAUAAAGUAUUAUGACGGCUUCAUGGGACAAAGGAUUGGGGCCAUCAGCUGUUUAGCUUUCCAUCCUCACUGGCCCCACUUGGCGGUGGGCAGCAACGACUACUACAUGUCCAUCUACUCUGCAGAGAAGAGGCUCAGAUAACACACCAGCAUUCAUCAACAACUCCUCCCCGUCAACUCUGCCUCAUGGGACUUCUGAACCACAGCCUCGAGCUCUGGGAUGUAAAUGACCUUCUUCUUGUACAUAUGCAAUUACCACCCUGAAUGUUCUAGUGAUGGCUGCUGACGAAAACUACGAAUACACAUAUGCAUACAUACAUAUAUACAUGUAUGUAUCUGUAUACAUAUAUAAUUAUUAUUCUCACUGUUUAUUCUUAUUGUUAUUAUGAUGCUAAUGAUUGUAGUCUUGGCUGUGCUGAGGAGUGUGUAUAUUUAAAUAGCGCAUACAGAAGAAUAGAGGUUCUAUUUUAAAGAAGUGGUACCCACUGGUCUCCACCGCACGGCGAGCAUCUCUGACAGAACGAACUGUGACGCCUGCAAAACUACACGGGGCAAGGGAGGUCCACGCGCACUGUUAAAACUCACUGGUGCAGGAAACACAAGACUCGCCCCCCCCGCUGGACCCCAGUGUGUACAUGAAUUAUUUUAAUGGCCCGUCUCAGUUUUGCUACCUUGCUGCACCGCUGGCAAGACGUUUGUAGAGACGGAGCCAGAGAUGGAGGACUGUGCUCAUUCUGACGACCGGGCUGACUUGGUGUGUGUGCGUGCGUGCGUGCGUGCGUGCGUGCGUGCGUGCGUGCGUGCGUGCGUGCGUGCGUGUGUGCGUGUGCGUGUGUGUGUGUGUGUGUUUAAGUGGAUCAUAGCACACAUGUGCCCCGCAGUGGGCCUUCAAGCCUUGGGCUUAAUUAAUGCCCAAAAAAGAUGCCUGCUCCAAUGCUCAAACUCUCCUUCUUGCUUCCCUGACCUAGCGUGCCAAACAUAAUCACAUUUUCCAUACAAGCCCUGUUUUUGUCAAUAAGGGAGUCUUUUUGUUUGUAUGUUGUCUUUUUUUAUGUAAUGUCUGUAAAAGGGAGAAACCUCUGUUGCCCCCCCCCCCCCCCCCCCCGAUGAUACAAAAUAUUAUAUCGAGCACAGUGAGAGGCUAAAUAGGUAAAUAGUAAGCACCUAGUCCUCCAGGGAGCCUGCGGUACCUGUCCACUCGCCCUGCAAAGCAAUAAAAAUCCCACAUGAAUCAGUGUCAAACAAAUGUUUUAGUCUGAAGGUGAUUAGCAUCAAUAGCUUCAGACUGAGGAACUCCCCUAAAACCCUGCUACAGCAUCCAAAGGGGACACAAUUUAGCAAAUGAAACAAACUAAUUUCCAGCCUAGUUGAUUUUUACUGGAGGGUUGAGUAGUUAAGACAUCAGAUGAAUAAAGUGUCCCGUGAUUGACUUCUAAUCAAUAGGUCCUUCAUUGCAGAAGAUUUAAAAAAGCCCCAAAACCUUUUAUUUCUUCACUUUGAUGCCAUUCCAUUGUUUCCUGGCUUGAUAAAUAGAAGUUGGUUACUUAUGUGAGCACAGUGAGGGUCGGCUUCCUCAUCUCCUAAACAACCUCGAGAGGUCUUUUAGGUUGAGUGAUUCAUCACACCAGGGAUCACUUGCUCGCCCCGCUGUUAGGGUCAACUUUCAUUUUGAUAAUAAUACCCUCUGUAAUGUUUUUUCCCCGUCAUUGAAUUUUCAUUUUGAUUUUACCGCCAGGCUUGUUUGGUUUUUAUUUUGUUGAACAAAGUUGGAGGCCUAAAGCGAGUUGCAUGUUAAUCGGUGACAUCACAGCUCUCUCUCUCUCUCUCUCUCUCUCUCUCUCUCUCUCUCUCUCUCUCUCUCUCUCUCUCUCUCUCUCUCUCUCUCUCUCUCUCUCUCUCUCUCUCUCUCUCUCUCUCUCUCUCUCCUGUAUGUGCUCACUUGUCAAGUUUUAGUCUUGAGUCCACAUCUAGCUCAGGUACUUAAUGAGCCACCUCAAACCAACGUAAACCACUGCCAGCCUCCAAAGUGUCAUGAUGGACAGGCGCAUGCAGUGAUGUGACUGGUUGAUUAUGAUUAUGGACGUUUAUGACACAAAUGUCGUGGUGGUGCUGUUUGGCAUGGUGCCUCUUCUGGUGGUUAUAUUUUGUGCAGUAUCACCGUAAACGUGCCUCUUCCUUGGGGCUGCAGCUUUGCUUAUUGAGCUUUUUAAAAUAUUUUGUUCUUUUCCUGUUUUGUCAUUUUCUGUUUUUAAAUCUGCCGGCAUUUUGUUUGCCUUAGCCUCAGUGAGGUCGAAUGGGGAAAAAGAGAGACAGCCUUACCCCCCUCCCCCCCACCCCCCUUACACACACACACUGCACACUACCCUUGCCCCGAGUCAUCGCCAGUUUACCCCAACAGCCCCCCCUCCCUCCUUUCUGCCCUGCCAUGCCCCCCCCAGCCCUCUGCAUCAGCUGCUUUUCUUGGAGGAAGUGGAAACAAGCGGCUGCAGAGGAAGUCCUCACCGUCACUGAGCUCUUUAGCGCUCCACACGAUUCGGCGGGCAUCGCCUGCGCCAGCGGCUCAGCCAUAGUUGUCUAAUUUGGACCAUUUGCUCAGAAUCACGUUCAUCUCGAUCCUGCUUUUGAGUUUUGCAACUUUAGAUCCGGAGAAAAAAAGAAAGACUUUAAAAGUAGUAAAGGAAACAUGAAAACAAUCAGGUCUUUCUCUGUGACUGCUUUGCUGACUGGUUUAUAAGUCAGGAGAUGAAAUAAACCAAAUACAACACUG